AUCCCCCUCACAACAUGCGGCUCGACGUCAAGAGGCAGCUGUUUGCCCGCUCCGAGCGGGUAAAGGGGAUUGAUUUCCACCCUACAGAGCCAUGGAUCUUGACGACCUUGUAUAGCGGCCAUGUCUACAUCUGGUCUUAUGAAUCGCAGUCUAUUAUCAAAACCUUCGAACUCACUGAUGUCCCCGUUCGUGCCGGUCGAUUCAUUGCGCGGAAGAACUGGAUUGUCUGCGGUUCAGAUGACUUUCAGCUCCGUGUCUACAACUACAACACAUCCGAAAAAAUCACCUCCUUUGAAGCACACCCGGAUUACAUCCGUUCUAUUGCCGUCCAUCCCACCCAGCCGUUUGUGCUCACAGCCUCCGAUGACAUGACAAUUAAGCUUUGGGACUGGGAGAAAGGCUGGAAAUGUGUACAAGUGUUUGAAGGUCACAGCCACUAUGUUAUGGGCAUGGCGAUCAACCCAAAGGAUACCAACACUUUCGCCUCCGCAUGUUUGGACCGAACCGUGAAGAUCUGGAACCUCGGCUCGCCCCAUGCCAACUUCACACUUGAAGCCCACGAGACGAAAGGUGUCAACCAUGUCGACUACUACCCACAUGCUGAUAAGCCAUACCUCCUUACCACCUCCGACGACAAGACCGUCAAGAUUUGGGACUACACCACGAAGGCACUCAUUGCAACCCUCGAGGGCCACACAAGCAAUGUCUCAUUUGCAUGCUAUCACCCUGAAUUGCCUGUGAUUAUCUCGGGUUCUGAAGAUGGAACCGUUAAGAUUUGGCACGCAAAUACCUACCGCUUGGAGCAGUCAUUAAGCUAUGGUCUAGAACGAGCAUGGUGUGUUUCCUACCAGCGUGGUAGACAGGGCAUUGCAAUGGGUUUCGACGAUGGUGCUGUCGUGGUGAAGAUGGGUCGGGAAGAGCCCGCUGUAUCAAUGGAUGGGUCUGGUAAGCUUAUCUGGACGAGACACAGUGAGGUCGUGUCGUCUGUGAUCAAGGGUGGCGAUGCUACUGUCAAGGACGGCGAGCCCCUUUCUCUACCAACAAAAGAUUUGGGACAGUGCGAGGUGUACCCACAGACUUUGACACACUCCGCCAAUGGACGAUUUGUUUCUGUCUGUGGCGAUGGAGAGUACAUCAUCUACACCGCAUUGGCAUGGAGAAACAAGGCCUUUGGGCAGGCUCUCGAUUUUGCCUGGGGUGCGAAAGACAACAGUAACGACUACGCUAUCCGCGAGUCAUCGACAAGUGUCAAGAUUUUCAAGAACUUCAAGGAGCAGAGUGCUGGUCUUGAUGUUGGGUUCCAAGCCGAGGGUCUGUCCGAUGGUGUUCUUCUGGGUGUCAAGGGCCAAGGUGGCAUUGGCUUCUUUGAUUGGGAGACUGGCAGCCUGGUUCGCAGAAUUGAGGCCGACCCGAAAUCCGUUUACUGGUCCGAAUCUGGCGAACUGGUUACCCUUGCCUGUGAAGAUGAUUUCUACGUUCUCCGCUACUCUCGCGAGGAGUAUAUCAAUGGCCUAAACGCCGGCGAAGCUGACGAGGAUGGAGUUGAGGCAGCUGUUGAGUUGGUCGCUACCAUCAACGAAACCGUCCGGACUGGACAGUGGGUUGGAGAUUGCUUCAUCUACACCAACUCUACGAACCGUCUGAACUACCUUGUCGGUGACCAGACUUACACAAUCUCUCACUUCGAUCAACCGAUGUACGUUCUUGGCUAUCUGCCCCGAGAUGGCCGUAUCUACCUUGCCGACAAGGACGUCAACGCCGUUUCCUUCAGCCUUUCUCUCAGCAUGGUUGAAUAUCAAACAGUGGUGCUGCGCGGUGAUAUGGAAAUGGCAUCUGAGAUUCUCAAGGAUGUCCCCCAAGACCAGAUGAACAAGGUCGCCCGCUUCCUCGAAGGUCAAGGAUAUAAGGAAAUGGCUCUGGAAGUCGCCACCGACCCCGAGCACCGCUUCGAGCUCGCUCUUGCGCUGAAUGAUCUUGAAACCGCACUCGCGAUUGCUCGCGAGGCCAAUGUCGAGCACAAGUGGAAGAUUGUCGGUGAUGCUGCCCUCGCCGGUUGGAAUCUUGCUCUGGCCCAAGAGUGCUUUACCAACGCCAAGGACGUCGGUUCUUUGCUAUUGUUGCACACCGCUAGCAACAACCGUGAAGGUCUCAAGGCCCUGGCUGCUCAGGCCUCGGAGUCAGGCCUCCACAAUGUCGCCUUCUCCACUCUGUGGUCUCUGGGAGAUAUCGAUGGCUGCAUCGCUCUCCUCGUGCAGACCAACCGCAUCGCCGAGGCAGUUCUCCUCGCCCAAACUUACAAGCCUUCAAGCGCCCCUAAACUCGUUGUCCAAUGGAAGGAAUCCCUAGAGCAAUCUGGUAAGACCAAGGUUGCCCGUCUCAUCGGUGUCCCGCCCGGUGCCCUUGACGUCUCUACCGAUGACGACCUCUUCCCCGAAUGGGAUGAGUACAUUCGCCUAGAGAAGGAGGGUAGCGUCCCCGAGCCUGCUUCGGAGUCUCUGAUUGAUGUCAACGGCGAUGAAGAAGAGCCCGUGAGCGCGACCAACGGCGUACCCGAGGCGGAUGAUGGGGUAGAGAAGGCCGAAAAGGCUGCAGUGGACGAGGCCGAUGCUGCCGAAGCCGAGUAA